CUGCAACUGAUUACGCUUUCACUUUACUCUUUAUUAUCAAACCUUACUUCUCCUACUUCUCUCCAUCUUCUUGCAUUUCCAUUUUGAUUCUCUCUUCCAAUCUUCGAAUCGAAGAAAUCCAUGGCUCGAUUCGCGCUUCUCUUCGCCCUCUGUGUUCUUCCCGCGCUCGUCGCCGCCAGCCGGCCGGUCAGAACUCCGUUCGUCGUUCGUGGUAAAGUAUACUGUGAUACUUGCCUUGCCGGCUUCGAGACCUCCGCUACCACCUACAUUCACGGUGCCAAGGUCAAAGUAGAAUGCAAGAACAGAAACACAAUGGAACUUCUCUACAGCCAAGAGGCCACAACAGACUCCUCAGGAUCUUAUACGCUCUUGGUCAACGAGGACCACGAUGACCAAGUUUGUGAUGCUGUGCUAGUCAGCAGCCCUCAGAAGGGGUGUUCAUCAAUAUCCGAAGGCCGUGACCGUGCCCGUGUGAUCCUCACCCGCUACAACGGUAUUGCCUCUAACGACCGUUUUGUCAAUGCCAUGGGUUUUGCAAGAGAUGAAGUCAUGUCUGGCUGCAACCAAGUCCUCAGGCAAUACCUAGACAUUGAAGAUUAGAUCUCUGGUUUUAGUUCUACAAUUACUUAGUUGUAUUUCUGGAGGUAUAAUUACCCUGUUCUACCUUAUGCUAUAUCUGGACAUUGGAUGGUGUUACUUAUUGCAUUGUUGAAAGAUGAUUAAUAUGGUUUGUUCAUUCACUUUAUUAUUACCAAUGCCAGGAUGAUGCUAUCAGUAUCAACAUCAUUAUUUAUAAGUAUAAAAUAGUGAAAAUAGUCUCAAUUUUUAUU